UGUGAAUUAAACCAGUUCCAGUUUAAGUAAAAGUGAAACUCCACUUAGUGACGAUUGGACUGUAAAAGGUUCUCAGGAGAAGAACACAGUGUAAUCUAUAGGAAGAGACAUGACCUCCAAAAUGAGUGUGUCUAUGGAACAGGACAGAAAGAAAGAUGAGAGUCUGAUUCAGGGUAAGAGAUCAGACUCACCUGAACCCAGCGGUGUGUCCAUGAAGAGUGACGGGUCAAUGGGUCGUCCAAUACACUUCAGAGACACAGACUGUGCUACUGAUCUGAGACCGCAGAAGAAUAAAUCAAAAUUCACUGAGAAAAGUCAUUUGGAGGACGUAUUCAAGGAGCUGGAGCACAAAGUCAUCAGUCUGAUAAAGAAUGAGCUGAAGAGAUUUAAGAAGCUCCUGAGUCCAGAUUACCCAGCAUGCUCUGAGAGGGAGGUGGAGGAGGAGGAGGAUCAGAGCAGUGUCAGAGAGGGAGUGCUGAAGAUCACACUGCACUUCCUGAAGAACAUGAACCACACAGAUCUCGCUAACACACUGCAGAACAAACUCGUCUCUGUGCACCAGCGAGAACUCAAAUCCAGACUGAGAGAGAAAUGUAAAAGAAUUAAUGAAGGAAUCUCACAGCCUGGAAGUUCAGCACUUCUGAAUGAGAUCUACACAGAUCUCUACAUCACAGAGGGUUGGAGUGGAGACGUCAAUAAUGAACAUGAGGUGAGACAGAUUGAGACAGCGUCCAGGAGACCAGCAACACAGGAGACACCCAUCAAAUGUAAUGAUCUCUUUAAAGACAAGUCCAUCAGAAGAGUGCUGACUAAAGGAGUUGCUGGAAUUGGAAAAACAGUCUCUGUGCAGAAGUUCAUUCUGGACUGGACUGAAGGAAAAGCAAAUCAGGACGUCACCUUCAUGUUUCCACUUCCCUUUAGAGAGCUGAAUCUGAUGAAGCAGAAACAUCUCAGUCUGAUGGAGCUUCUUCAUCACUUUUUCCCUGAAAUAAAAGAAUUACGAUUAAUAGACUGUGAGAUCAACAAAGUCCUGUUCAUCUUUGAUGGUCUGGAUGAGUGUCGACUUCCUCUAAAUUUCCAGAAGAAUGAGAGAUUGUGUGAUGUGACAGAGUCAGCCUCAGUGGAUGUGCUGCUGACGAACCUCAUCAAGGGGAAUCUGCUUCCCUCUGCUCUCCUCUGGAUAACCUCUCGACCAGGAGCAGCCAAUCAGAUCCCUCCUGAGUGUGUAGACCAGGUAACAGAGGUACGAGGGUUCAGUGAUCCUCAGAAAGAGGAGUACUUCAGGAAGAGGAUCAGUGAUCAGAGCCUGGCCAAUAAAAUCAUCUCACACAUGAAGUCUUCAAGAAGCCUCUACAUCAUGUGCCACAUCCCAGUCUUCUGCUGGAUCUCAGCCACUGUUCUAGAGAGAAUGUUGGGUGAAGCAGAGAGUGGAGAGAUCCCCAAGACUCUGACUCAAAUGUUCACACACUUCCUGAUCUUUCAGAUCAAACACAAGGACCAAAAGUACCAUCAGAAAUGUGACCCUGAUCCUCAGCAGACCAGAGAGAGUAUCCUGGCACUGGGAAAACUGGCUUUCCAACAGCUGGAGAAAGGAAACCUGAUCUUCUAUGAGGAAGACCUGAGAGAGUGUGGCAUUGAUGUGAGAGAAGUGUCAGUGUACUCAGGAGUGUGUACCCAAAUCUUCAGAGAGGAGUUUGGUCUUCACCUGGGGAAGGUGUUCAGCUUUGUACAUCUGAGUGUUCAGGAGUUUCUGGCUGCUUUAUACGCAUUUCUCUCCUUCAUCAACAAAAAGAUUGCAAAACAACAAACCUGGUCUGAUCUUUUCACCAAGUCAAACAUGUCUGAUUUCCUGAAGAGUGCAGUGGACAAGGCCUUACAGAGUGAGAAUGGACACCUGGACCUGUUCCUCCGCUUCCUUCUGGGUCUCUCACUGGAGUCCAAUCAGACUCUCUUACGAGACCUACUGCCCCAGACAGGAAGCAGCUCUCACAGCAAACAGGAAACAGUCAAGUACAUCAAGAAGAUGAUCAGGGAGAAUCCAUCUCCAGAGAAAUCCAUCAAUCUGUUCCACUGUCUGAAUGAACUGAAUGAUCAUUCUCUAGUCCAGGAAGUCCAACAUUACCUGAACAGAAGAGGUGACUGGUGUCUCAGUGAAGACAGACUCUCUCCUGCUCAGUGGUCAGCUCUGGUGUUUGUGUUGCUGACCUCAGAAGAGGAUCUGGAUGUGUUUGUUUUGAGGAAUUAUCAAAUAUCAGAUGAAUGUGUUCUGGGGAUGAUGCCAGUGUUGAAAGCAGCAAGAAAGGCAGAUCUGUCUUGGUGUGUUCUCAAAGAGGAUGCCUGUAGAGCUCUGUCCUCAGUUCUCAGCUCACCCUCCUCCAGUCUGAGAGAACUGGACCUGAAAUGUAAUUAUACCCUGCGGGAUUCAGGAUUGAAGCUGCUCUCUUCUGGACUGGAGAGUCCACACUGUAAACUGGAGAUACUGAAUCUGCGUGAGUGUAAUCUCACAGAGGAAAGCUGUAGAGUUCUGUCCUCAGUUCUCAGAUCAAACUCCUCCAGACUGAGAGAACUGGACCUGAGUCACAAUAACCUGCAGGAUUCAGGAGUGAAGCUGCUCUCUGCUGGACUGGAGAAUCCACACUGUACACUGGAGAUACUGAGGCUGUGUGGGUGUAAUCUCACAGAGGAAAGCUGUAGAGUUCUGUCCUCAGUUCUCAGAUCAAACUCCUCCAGACUGAGAGAACUGGACCUGAGUGAGAAUAACCUGCAGGAUUCAGGAGUGAAGCUGCUCUCUGCUGGACUGGAGAAUCCACACUGUACACUGGAGACACUGAGGCUGCGUGUGUGUUAUCUCACAGAGGAAAGCUGUAGAGUUCUGUCCUCAGUUCUCAGAUCAAACUCCUCCAGACUGAGAGAACUGGACCUGAGUAUUAAUGAACUGCAGGAUUCAGGAGUGAAGCUGCUCUCUGCUGAACUGGAGAAUCCACACUGUACACUGGAGAUACUGAGGCUGUGUGGGUGUGAUCUCACAGAGGAAAGCUGUAGAGUUCUGUCCUCAGUUCUCAGAUCAAACUCCUCCAGACUGAGAGAACUGGACCUGAGUCACAAUAACCUGCAGGAUUCAGGAGUGACGCUGCUCUCUGCUGGACUGGAGAAUCCACACUGUACACUGGAGAUACUGAGGCUGUGUCGGUGUGAUCUCACAGAGGAAAGCUGUAGAGUUCUGUCCUCAGUUCUCAGAUCAAACUCCUCCAGACUGAGAGAACUGGACCUGAGGGACAAUAAACUGCAGGAUUCAGGAGUGACGCUGCUCUCUGCUGGACUGGAGAAUCCACACUGUACACUGGAGAUACUGAGGCUGGAACGCUGCAGUAUUACAGGUGAAGGUUGUGCUGCUCUGGUUUCAGCUCUGAGGUCAAACACCUCAUCACACCUGAGAGAACUGAAUCUGAACCACAAUAAACCAGAAGAAUCAGGAGAGAAGCUGCUCUCUGAUCUACUGAAGGAUCCACACUGUAAACUGAAGACACUACAGUUCAGGUCAUUUUCAUUCCGAUCUCCAAUUCCCAACCUCAGAUGAUUAUGGAUUACAUUAACCUGCACAAAUAAACAUUACAAAGUGUUGUGAAGAACAUACACUCACCGUCCACUUUAUUAGGAACACCUGUACACCUGCACAUUCAUGCAGUUAUCUAAUCAGCCAAUCAUGUGGCAGCAGCACAAUGCAUAAACCCAUGCAGAUGCAGGUCAAGAGCUUCAGUUAAUGUUCACAUCAAACAUCAGAAUGGAGGAAAAGUCUGAUCUCUGUGACUUUAACCGUGGCAUGGUUGUUGGUAGCAGAUGGGUUGGUUUGAGUAUUUCAGAAACUGCUGAUCUCCUGGGAUUUUCACACUGAACACCCGCUCACAGGAUGGUUUUUUUUCACCAUUCUGUAUAGCGACUGUUGUGUGUAUUUGGCUGAUUGGAUAAUUGCAUAAAUGAGCAGGUGUACAGGUGUUCCUAUUAAAGUGGACGGUGAGUGUAUGUGACUAUUACUAUUUUAAAAGGAUAAUGAUAAUGGGUAAGAUUUUGCUUGUACAAUGCUUUGUUGUGGUUCAUUAGAUGAUGAAAUGUCAGGACUGUAAAUAUGAAGCAGUUGAGAUAAAUAAAGUAAACCUACAUAUUAGAUUGUUUAUGAGUAAUCCAGUAUAAUGUAGCUUAAAUACACAAACUGAACAGUAAUGAAACUUCUACUAUUACAUUUGUUUAUCAGCAAUAAAUAAACUCUUGUUGUAUCUCCAGUAUAGUGUGUAAUUAAAUCAAACACACACUUCAUCCAUUUAUGUUCAUGUUGUGAUUAAAACACAUUUGUCUUGUACUAUCUUAUAUGUUAUAAGAUGUACUAUCUUUAUAGAUAUGUAAUAUUUGAUCUUUUUUCUCAACAAAUAAAUGAAUAAUGUAUAAUAUUUUUGUUUCCUUUGGUU